AUGGCGAUUAUCGCCGAGCUUAACAGGAACACUGAAAACCGUGCUAAGUUAAUUGAAGAAAUUGUGAAGUUGGAGAGAAAGAUCUUUCCCAAACACGAAUCAUACGCCGCAUUCUUCGACAACGAACUCAAACGGAAGAACGCUGGACUUCUCUACCUCCACGCUGAUCUCGAACUUGUUGGCUAUGUCAUGUAUUCUUGGCCUUCUUCCCUCUACGCCUCCAUCACCAAGCUCGCAGUGAAGGAGCAAUGGAGGAAGCAAGGCCAUGGCGAGGCACUGCUGAAAGCAGCGAUUCAGAAAUGCAAGACCAGGAAGGUUUCGCGCAUAAUGCUUCAUGUGGAACCCUCGAGGACACCAGUAGUGAGCCUUUACAAGAAACAUGGUUUUCAAGUUGAUCGCUUGAUUGAAGGUUACUACUCCUUGGAAAGACAUGCAUAUGUAAUGUACUUGGAACUUGAUUCAAAUUGA